CAGGUACAGGACCAUGUCUUCUGGGCCCACAAGUGUAUACUCUGUGGAUCUUCAGGCUACUUCGCAUCCGUCCUCUCCAACAGUGCAGCCGACAAGGUGGAGUUACCCGGCCUGACUCCCCAGGGAGUCGCCGUCGUGUUAGACUUCGUCUACACCUCCGAGCUCCAUCUCACCAUAGAGAAUGCUCUAGAGACGAACAACGCCGCAAACUUUCUCCAGGUCAUGGACAUACUGAACAACUGCAGUACGUUCCUGGCGGCAGCCUUGCGUACACCGACUGAGCCUAGUGGGGUGAGAAAUGUUCACUCGACAAGUAGCGACGUCGGUAACACUAACAGGCAGAGCUCAAGUGUGUCAAGUCCCCUGGAGUCUGUUUCUCCUUCGAGUGGUUCACAAGACGACAGUAGGUGCAAGCUGGGCUAUCCUGUGUUAAGCACAAUGCUGCAAGAAUGUGCAGCAAAAGCAGCGACCUCGUCCACCCUUAAUGUUAUUGAUGCAUCUGAGAACCAACAGUCCACGCAGACCGCAUCCCGUCCAAGCUCCGGUCAAUCAGUUGCUCAAAACACACCGCGGAUGCAGACGCGGUUCUCUCCUGAGCCUAGCAGACAGGCUGUAAUACAUGGAACAUCAGAGUGGAGUCCAGGUUCUAAUGACAACAGGGAGAUGACCUUUAACCCCAACAGGCUAUCUCAAAUGGGACAGGACAGGGAUGGCGCCAGGCCUGCAGUUGUGGUGAAGAUCGAGAACGAAGACAACGAAGUCACAUCCUGCUCGCAAGAGAACGAGACGGUGUUUGCGUCCAUGUUUACGUCGCGAGGAAGGCGGAACUCGGAAGAGGGAAACCAGCAAUCUUCUCUCCGAACAAAACGAUUUAAGAUGAGCAGUGGGUCACCGUCCGCAAGGUUGUCCUAUGGUGUUGAGGGUAACCGUGGUGACCAAGGUUGCCAUGGUAACAGAUUGACCCCACAGGAGGACACCAUGGGGUCACUGGUUCUCUCUUGCACAUCCGAUAGCACCGCCAUCUUGGAUGAGGUGGAAGGUCAAGGGUCAGAUGGCAAUUCUCAACCUGAUAUAAAAGAUCAGGUGCAACAUGAGGGGAGUGCCUCUCACAACCUUUUCAACCAACAUGCCCUUUUGCAAUCGACAGUUGGACCAAGUGCAGAUCAAACAGAUGUGAUGCCUGGUACUGUUGUUCUUUGUGACGAAUGCGGAGCCCUGUUUUCCUCGCAGAGCGCACUACAGCAGCAUCGCCUCUCCAUACACAACUGCCUGCAACCGUUCAAGUGUCACAUUUGUCCGGCAGCGUUCCGCCGCAGCUACGAGCUAGACCGCCAUCUUGUUUCUCACAGCCAAAACUUUGCGGCGGCACAAGGUUUGUCUGCCACGCCUCCUGCGAUCAUGAUUGCCAGUACGUCUUUCUCCGAGCAGAGAGAGAUUGCGGACAAACCGUAUCGGUGCGAGAUGUGUCAGAUUUCAUUCAAAACAAAGAGUAACCUGUCGCAACACAACCUGUUCCGCCACACAGAAGAACGGCCGUUCAAGUGCGAACUCUGCCAGGCUGGCUUCAAGCGCAACUUCGAACUGAACCGCCACAUGAACACUCAUAACAGGAGACGAGAUAUGGAUGGGACCAUUUAACCUGUCCCAAGUAUUCAAAGGAGUACAUGUAAAUCCAAAACGUCCAGAGCAUUAUGAGUUCUACUGCAUAUCAUAGAUAUGCAUAGUUCAUAGCAUAGAUAUAGUGUCCGCAGACAAACAAAAACAAACGAAUAAAUAGAAACAAAUGGCACCAAAACUACUAACCUUCUUGGCAUAGGUGAUAAGGUGCCAGCAGCAAGGUUCCACAACAUACCAUGAAAUCAAACGCAAAGGCAAAUUAAAGCCACAAGAGUAUAUCCUCCUUGUAUGUAUAAUCUAUUUCUAACAUCAGGUAUAGUUAGUAAGUAAGGGAAAAUCUUUUUCAAGUUGUCAGCUCUACAUGUAGUGCAAUGAGGCUUUUUAAACCAUAGCACACUGGGUCGCCCCUAGUCUCCUCCAUAAAUGUGUUGGGUUCAUUUAGAGGUUUGACACAUAUAGCUUAGUAAUGCCCAUAGAUGAGGCAUCCCUGUUUGAAAGGACAAAAACAACACCUUACAAACAUGCUUGAGUGGAUAGCGUUUUUAAGAAAUAGCUAUAGUAUUAUUUCCGUAUAGUUUCGAUUUACAGAACUGUAGUUGCAUUGAUUGUAUCCAAGUAUGUUGUAAUCGUGGUAGUAUCUUUAGAAAUGAUUUACUUUUAUUGUUAUCAGUUAUUGUUACCUUUAUCUAUAUAUAUAGGUUAACGUUUUCCAUCAUAACUAUCAUGGAAUUGUGCCAAUAUUUGUGUGUAUCUAUAGUUUAUGUAAAGUAGUUUUAAAGAUUGCACCUCUUUUUUUGCAUUUAAUACUGCAAUAGUAUUAAAA